AUGUCUCAGGCAAAUGGUAGGCGCAUAUACCUCAACUCUGAAUCGUUCAUCAAUCCACGCCUAAUCUCGCACGAAAGCAAGUACCACGGAAAUAUGAUCACAGUUGACGGUGUCGACCACUCGCGGCGGCAUGCUGGCGCCAGUGAAUGGCUCUUCGUGCACCGCGGAUGCCUGAGCCUUGUAUGCCAUCGCCUCCGCCUUAGCCCUCGUCAGCUCUGGUCUUCCUUGUUUGCCCCCCGCAACCGCGUCUAUUGUAAAGAUGCCACCGGGCUAAUACGGUGUAUCGAGUAUUACGAUAUGGCCGGCAGUGCCAGAAAAUUCUCUGCGGACGCUUUCGAGCGUAUAACACUCGGCACUGUGCCCUGUACAGAGCUCCUAGAUUGCAUGUGGCUACUGGCCAGACCAACCGUCCUCCCGAUUGCUCCUCCCGUAGUGGUCCCCCAGCGCUUCAUAUCACAUGUCCCAGCAGUUUCCACGGCCUGUCUCAGGGUUCUCACAACCCCCGAACUGCUCGACAUCAUCCUCGACAAGCUGGUUCACCACCACGCGGAGGAGGAAUAUGCCUCCUUACUCAUGGCCGACCCCGCGUACGUGGUCCUGCCUUGCCUGGUAGAGGCCACAGCAACGCUCUUCUCGCUCAUCCAAGUAAGCCGCUACUUCCACUCCUCGAUCCUCGCCCGGCGGCAAGACCUCUUCCUGCGCAUCGCCUGGGAGUCCGGGUGGAUGCUCCCCGCGAGUCCGGGUGAUUGGGACCUCUGGCCAAACGGCGCGCUCGCGCACCCGUCCGACGCGCGCAGGCUCUGCGGGCAGCCCGGGCGGGACUGGCGCAAGUACCUGCUGGCAUUCCUGCGCCGGGAGGACCUGCAUGUGCGCAACCGCUGGCGGCUGCAUCGGAUGCAUGUGCAGUUCGCAAGGGGGAAGGUCAAGAUGGGGCAAGCGUGGGAGCGGCCGUGGAAGUGGAGUGUCGGUUCGCUGGGUGUGCGGACCAGUCUUGUACCUCCGGAGCGUAUGCCAUGGGAGUAUGCGUGCUGA